UAGCAGAAAGUGAAACUAUUAAAGGCAGGACAUUUUCUCGCGUAGAUGUUGUUAUAGAACUCAAUCUGGUACUGGUAAGUUUUUCACAAAUUCCUCCCAAAAACAUUUUCUGCAUCCUAAGUAUUUCGGUAUUCUACUUGAUAAUCACUUUUUAGGUUAAAAUAAGGGUCAGUAAGCUUGUUUAGAAACCGUGUUCCGGUGUUGUUCUGCAUUCGGCCACUGACAUUGCAUAUUCAGAAUAAAUAAUUGUUUAUUUUCCUUCGUGAGCAAUUGUAUCUUCUCGUAUAGUACCAUGAAGUCCUAUGCGGUGUUUGCAACCAUACAGAACAAUUCACAGAACAACCGUCUUUUAUUCGAUUCAUUUGUGUUUCUUGAAGGCCUGUCUAAAUCUCAGCUGAAAACAACUUGUUUUGAACUGACAUGUCAUUAAAAUGUAUGUUACCUAUCUUACUUUGUCAUAUUUGGCCAUGUCAUUCUUGUAAAAGAGAAUUAACUUCAUUUAUUCAUUUUUAUCUUUAAAUAAUGAUUACUUGCUUUUUAAUGUUUACUGGUUAAUGAGUACUGUGAAGGAGUGGGAAGGCCUGGUGACAUCCAUUAUGAGAUAACAUGAAUUCUGCAACAACUUGUAUAAGCUGGUGGAUUGUAUAAGAAAUGGAAGAACCCUUCUCAACAACCCCAUCAAAGUGCAGACAUGGCAGAAGAGACAGUAUUGAUUUGCCGCCAUUUAUGGAUCUCCACAGCAUUCCUCUUCUGACUGAGGAGUGCAAGUGUCCAGUAUGUCUGGAUGUGUUCACAGAUCCAGUCACCACUUCAUGUGGACACAACUUCUGCAAGAGCUGUCUGACAGAAUGCUGGGGCAGCAAACAGGAUUACAAAUGCCCAUACUGUAAAGAAAUAUUAAGCGAAAGACCUGAUUUAAAGAGCAACACAGUUCUAAGAGAAAUUGUGCAACUCUCUGAGAAAAUCACAACAGGCCUGUUCUGCACUAGUGGUCCAUUAUCUGAGGAGCUCCAGUGUUCCAUCUGUCUGGAUGUAUUUAAUGAUCCAGUCACCACUCCAUGUGGUCACAACUUCUGUAAGGUCUGCCUGGAAAUGUUCUGGGACAACAGUCAGAACUGUACCUGCCCAUUCUGUAAAGAAACAUUCAGCAAAUGUCCUGAUCUAAGGUGCAACACAGCUCUUAAAGAGAUUGUGCAACUCUUUGAGAAAAACACAGGAUACAAAAGGGAGUCCAUGAUCACAGAAUAUUCACAACCACUAAAAAUUGAGGACCAAGAAGAGACUCUGUGCAAACCUUCAGUAGUGGCUUCCUCAAGCAGUGUCCUGACUGAAAACCUUCAGUGUUUCAUUUGUCUGGAGGAGUCCACUGAUCCUGUGAUGAUCCCAUGUGGACAUAACUUCUGUAAGGCCUGCCUGAAGGAAUGCUGGGAAAGCAGUCAUGACAACACAUGUCCAUGCUGCAAAGAAGAUUUCACCAAGAGAGUGGAUCUUAGAGAUUUUGAGCAGCUAUUGUCUCAAUCUGAAAUGCUGAAGUGUCAGAGCUCCUACCAUGAGACUAAACUGAAGCCUCAUGAGAAAGCUGUAAACAUAAAGGAAGUCAUGAUGACUGACCUUGUGGAGGAUAUCAAUCCUAAAAUAAUCCAGAAACAUAGAGCUCUGGAGAUGUUCUGUGGAGAUGAUCAGAUGUCUGUGUGUCAGUCCUAUACUGAGGGAGACCACAAGACCCACAACACUGUUCUUGCAGAAGACAAGAUUAAAGAGAAGAUUCAGGAGAUGCACAAGCUUGUGCAGCAGAUGAUCCAGGACACAAUAAAGAUAAAUAAAGAAAUCAAACACUUUGAAAUGAAAAUGAACAAAACUCAGGAGAUGAAUAUACACAAGCAUGUGCAACAGAUCAUCCAGGACACAAUGAAGAAAAAUACAGAAAUAAAACACUCUGGAAUUAAAAUGUGCAAAAAAGAGGGGGCUUACAACACUGAGCUCUGCACUGAUCUGGAUUACUCCCCAUUCUUGUACAUGUAUUCUUGAAGCACUAUGAAGGAUCAGACAAUCCUCAAAUGCAAACUGUGUGUUUUGCUUCAAGAGAACAGCUAUACAUUUGUGUUGUGUUUUACUUUCUUUUUUAUUAUUAUUCUUCAUUUGUGAUGUGAUCUAGGAAAACCCAACACAUGGUAAAAUCUGACCUUUUUUAGGUUUUGAUAUCAUAUGUGACUCUGGACCAUAAAACCAGUCUUAAGUCACUGGGGUAUAUUUGUAGCAAUAGCCAAAAAUACAUUGUAUGGGUCAAAAUUAUUUUUUUUUUAUGCCAAAAAUCAUUAGAAUAUUAAGUAAAGAUCAUGUUUCAUGAAGAUUUUUUUGUAAAAUUACCGUAAAUAUAUAAAAACUUUUUGAUUAGUAAUAUGCAUUAGUAAGAGCUUCAUUUGGACAACUUUAAAGGUGAUUUUCUCAAUAUUUUUAUUUUUUUGCACCCUCAGAUUCCAUAUAUUAAAAUAGUUGUAUCUCUGCCAAAUAUUGUCCUAUCCUAACAAACCAUGCACCAAUGGAAAGCUUAUUUAUGCAGGUUUCAGAUGAUGUAUAAAGCUCAGUUUUGAAAAAUUAACCCUUAUGACUGGUUUUGUGGUCCAGGGUCACAUAUGAAAGCUGGGCUCAACCCUUUCCAAAGUUGGCUGAUAGCGACGAUUUUUUCAGGAACAGAAUUUUGAGAAAAAUGGCUUAAAGUGAGACGGCUUUCACUUUCACUUUAUGGGUUUAACGAGAGCUGUCUGUCAAGUUAGGAGUGCUAUGCUGCAUCAUUACACAACCAGACUAAUGUCUCUUUUCCGUUGUUUAUCACGUGCAUAGUCUCCCAACUUUUGAUCGCCCAUUUUAUGUUUAGAUAGCACAAAUGCAGCGUACCUUGUAGUAAAAGCGAGUGCAGCGCAACUGUUCGCGCACUGUGUUUAAAACAGACUGUCAUCAGACUCCUCCUCUUCAGUAACUUCAUCAUCCGAUCCUUCAUCUCUGGAUGUGAAACAGUCCAUUAUAAUAUCGUUUAGGGCACUGACAUCACUAAGAUUUAGCAGACUGAGAUUUCCCAGAUCGCAUCACAUUUAUUCUUCAUUCAUUUAUUCAUUUAUAAUCAUUAACCAUUUAAUCAUUUUAUUAUUCCAUUUAACCAUAUAUCAUUUAUAAUAAUCAUUAUAGUCUUUUAUAUAUCCAUUUCAUUGAUUAAUUAAUUGAUUAUUCAUUUACAUUGUUAUAUUGUUGUUUUUUUUUAUAUUUUUUCCAUUGUUGUUUAGUCUUAUGACUGUGUGGUUUCAAGGGCUGUUUUUCUUCAUGGAUAAGAGAUACGAGGGAAUGUUUAUGGAAACUCAAGGUUUAUGGCAUGUUGUUGUGAAGCAGUUUGGUAUAACAAAACUUGUUAGGUUUGUGUUCUUCAGACGAAGUCUGAGCAUUAAGACAUACACAACUAAGACUAUUCAAUAAACUCUGCUCAUAACCAUAUGCAUAACCAACUUUAUGAGAAACAUGUAUAGGCUGAAGAGUGUAAUAAGUGGCUUCCUUUUAUUAGUGUUUGUUUAUGGAAUGACUUGUCAAUAUCUUGUUCAAAGUUAAGUCAGGAAAACAAGUUUUUCCAAACAGUGGUUAGAUAGAAGAAUUGUUUAAGAAACUGGUUUGGAAAUGUUCAUUAUUACUUUGAAAUCACUGUUUAAUUUUAGCUGCUUUGGAUUUUAUGGUCUUGUUUAUUGACUUUGUAACCAUAUCAUUUGAAAACUAUUGUAAUCUUGUUGACUAAAUAAAUUCUAAGGAUCA